CGCAGUGGCUCGAACCGAACAGCGGGAGCGGCAGGGUUGCGCUAGGGGUAGGAUGUGUCCCCCCCCCCGCGUGACAGUCCCCAGCUUCCUGGGAGGAGGGAAGGGAAAGUGCGGCCCCGGCUCCUGCGAAUUUACUUUAAAAAACAAAAAAGGUGAAAAUGCACCAUGGGAACGGUCCUCAGAAUGCUCAGCGUCAGCUCCAGAGGUCCAGAUCCUUCACAGGUAGUGAGGGAGAAGAGCCGCAGACAAACUUACCGCAGUCCCCUGCGACUUCAUUUGCUCCUUCUGCAAGCCCAUCUGCCCCACAGUCCCCCAGUUACCAAAUACAGCAAUUUAUAAUGAGUAGAAGUCCGGUAGCUGGGCAGAAUGUGAACAUCACACUGCAGAACGUUGGACCGGUAGCAUCAGGAACCCAACAGAUAACACUUACCCCUUUGCCAAUACCAAAUCCAACAUCACCAAAUUUUCAGUUUAGCCCUCAGCAAAGGAGGUUUGAGCAUGGCUCUCCAUCAUAUAUUCAAGUUACUUCACCAUUGCCCCAGCAGGUUCAGUCUCAAAGCCCUACACAACCCAGUCCUGUACCAGUGCAGUCACUCCCAAAUGUUCGGGCAGGCACUCCAGGUUCUGCCUUGGGUAUGUGCAGCCAGAGCCCUACUAGAGGAUUUGUAGAUGCUAGUUUGCUUGUGCGACAGAUCAGUCUGAGCCCUUCAAAUGGUGGACACUUUGUAUAUCAAGAAGGAUCUGGAAUUGCACAAAUUGCUCAAGGAACUACAGCACAGGUACAAAUUCCAUCUUCUGGCGCACCUGCAACUGUACGAGAACGCAGGCUUUCACAACCUCAUUCACAGACUGGUGGCACCAUUCAUCAUCUUGGACCUCAAAGUCCUGUAGCUAGUGGAGCAAACAUGCAAUCUUUGACUAGCCCAGGUCAUAUUACAACUACUAACUUGCCACCGCAAAUCAGCAAUAUUAUUCAAGGGCAGCUCAUGCAGCAGCAGCAAGCACUUCAAGGGCAGCUGUUGAGCAGACCCAUAGGAUUUGAUAGGGUUUCUGGUAGAUUAAUAGCUGCAGCUGGAGGACCCAACUCCGCAGGCCCGCUCCGCAGCUUCCCCCUGCGCAUGGGACGGGUGCAGGGCGGAGGGGAGCCUGGCACCUCCACUCUGGCACCCCCGGCGGGGACCCACUUACCCCAGGAGCUGGGGCCGCACACUGUCACCGGGGAUGAGGUGACACAUCCCUUAUGGGUGCUGAUAGGAGACAAACCAUGAGUUCCGUUCCUGUACGGUGACUCCCUCACUACGUAUGCGCAAUGGCUCGAACCAAACAAUGGGAGCAG